CAGGAGCUGCCCAUCACUCUGUGGGCCUUGGCUGUGAGCGGUUACCCCGCUGAUUCGGUCUUUCAGGUGGCCUCCGACCAGGCUGCGCGUUCGGUGAAUGGCAUGGACGUGUCCCACAUAUGCAACAUCGCCUGGGCCAGCGCUCGCGCUGGCCCCCGGGAUGAGUUCCUCUUGGGGCGGCUGGCGGAAGCGGCGAUGGAGCGAGUGGGCGAGCUGGAGCCACUUCAUCUCGCAAACCUCUGCUGGUCGUUUGCCAACGUCUCUCGCUCUGAUGAGCUCAAUGACCAGAGAAAGCCUGGAUUCAGGCACCCGGCUCUCUUCGAGGCUCUCGCCCGUGCGGCCAGCAGGCUGGCGGGAGGAUUGCUGCCUCAGCACCACGCUUCGACGCUGUGGGCCUUUGCCGUUUGUGAGGUCCGCAGUGGGGUGCCCGCCCUCAUUGAUGCCAUGCUACCGGCCAUGAGGGCCAGGCUCAAGGAGUACGAGCCGAGACAGGCGGCGGGGAUGCUUUGGGCAGUGGCAGUCCUCUCACAGCAUCAUCAGCCUUUGAUCGAUUUUCUGCUCCAUGCGGUGUGCCACACCGGCACAGAGGGACUGGUGCGAGAUGGCCCUGCUCACCUUGCGUCCAUCGUCUGGGCGGCCGCGAGACUGCCUCGCACCCCGGGCCUCGUGGAGCAGGCUUUGGGCCAUCGCCGGCUCUUGGCGGCCGAGCUGGCGGGCAGCGCGGCAGAGCUGAGUGAGGGAAGACGUCAGAACAUCGCAGCGGUGGUACGCUCCAUGUACGAGAUGGGCCUGUCGCAAGCAGCAGCAGCACUGCUCAACGACUUCGACGCUCUUGGCCUGAUGUCCCCAGGGGUGGAGGCCUGGAGCGCCUGGCUGUGGGGCGCUGCUUCCAUUGGGGACGCCCAGCUGGAGGCUACCGCCUGGUCAGGCCUUGCCGCAAGCUGCGAUGGCAUUCCCCGCAGCACCUUCGUGCUGAAUGCUGCUGCUGCUCGUGCGUUGGCCGCUGGGCGUGAGGAUCUCGCCCGCUGGGCUUUGACUUUGCUGCAGCAGGAGGGAGAAUGCGACAUGGUAACCAACCAACUCCGAAACCGGGUGGGGCUCGGCGCGGAUACCGUCUCCGGCGACUGGGCGCGGGGGGAGUACAGCAAGGAGCUGUCGUUGGUGCGUCAUCUCUGCAGCGCUACGCCGCCACAGUGCCCCGCCGAGCUGCUGAAGGCUGCAGAGGCCUCCAAGAACUGGGAGAUUCUUCAGUUGGGCGCGGGUCAACGAGGAGCUGCGCUGGACGCAGCUUUGGCACUUCUGCCAAAGAGGAGAUGCGUCGUGGUCGAGCUGGGCUGCGGUGUCGGCUGUGCCUCCAUGAGAGCUGCAGUGCGACUGGCAAGUUCUGGCGGCUUGGUCAUUACCUGCGAUGCUGAUCCUGUGCGCAGCGCUGCUGCCAUUUGCCUCAACGAGUGGGCUGGCACCGGAUCUGGAGCCGGCAAGUUUGGCAACGUGGACGUCCGUGUUGGCAGGGGAGAGCAGCUGCUUCCUCAGCUCAGGAAGGAGUUGGGGCCAAGGUCUGUGGACAUGCUGAUCCUGGGCGGCUUUCAAGGCACUGAAUACCAGGAAGAAUUGGUCCGCGCGUUGGAGUUGGACCUCCUGGCAGUGGACGGUUCAGUCGUGGCUGACCGGGUUCUGGAGCCCAUGGCGCCUGGACUGCUGUGGCUCAUGCAGACCUUCCAGGAGUGCUUCGCAGUGGUCACGGAUGAUGACUGGGUAGUGAUAGCCUCCGCAUACGAGCCGCGGGAAGGGCUGGCGCCUCCUGAGGCUGUCUUGCAGCUGAGGCAUUCAGCAGAUGAAGCGCGGCGACGAAGCCUGGCCUGGCGGUACCGUAAUCGCAUGGUAGCUGGGCCGACUUUGGCCACUCAAGACGAGCUAGAGGCGGCUCAAGCGGCCUACCAGAAGUUGGGCAUCCUCCCGAAGCUGCGCCAGCCGAUGAGGAGAGUGGCGAUGCCUGGCGGGUGGAGCUGUGAAGCGUCGGAAAAUCCGGAAGAGGCGGUGAAGUGGGAAGUUGGAAGGAAGGAGCUCUUCAUUGACGCCAGAGAUGGUGGCAGUGAUUGCCACAGGAAGCAGAACUUUGCCUAUGCGAUUGCGCCCAUAGGCUUGCUGGUGUGCUCAACUUCGGCGCUCAGGUUCCGUCCUGGUGCUUCCAACUUCAGCGGAUCGAGGCGCUUUGCCGUGCUGUCCAAAGCCGAGCGACCGCGGAACGAGAUGCAGACCAUGGGCCAUCUCUGGUGUUUGGAGGUGGUGGCCAUUUCCUCUCCAAGCGCCCUCGGGGGUCGGGCAGCCGCGAAGUCCUGGUGGCCGUUGAUCUUCAUGGUGAAUGUGCAGCUGAACCAGAUCAUCGUCCAUGCCGGCAUGCCGGAGCGAAUCCUACAGGUGGUGGACGAGAAUUUCGACCAGCUCAAUGCCGUGAACCUCAUCACAGCGCUGCAUCGCCUGGCGGCGAUUUCGCUGGCCUCGAAGAAGGCAGCUUUGAGAAGAGAUUCUCGGUGCAAGCGUUUGGUGAACAAGCUUUCGGACACGAUUCGCAAAGCUGACCCGCUGUCCCUGAAGCCCCAGGACUUGUCCAACGCAGCCUGGGGGCUGACAAAGCUUGGCAUUCAGAGCACCACCCUUUUCAACCUGCUCUCCGAGCGUAUCUUGGUGCGCAUCGGGUCCUUCCAGCCCGUGAACCUCUCAAUGACUCUGUGGGCAUUUGCGAGGUCUGGGCUUUCAGAUGAGAAGCUGCUGCAGGCCGCAGCCCAGGAGGUGAAGAAUCAGCUCAAGGACUUUGAGCCUCAGCAGAUUGCCAACACCACCUGGGCCAUGGCCAAGUGCGGCUUCGUGGACGAGGAGCUCUUCGCACGGGCAGCUGACCAUGCGAUCUCGCAGAUGGACAAGUUUCAGCCUAUGAACUUCUCCAUGCUGCUGUACUCCUAUGCCUUGGCUCAGCACCGGCACCAGGAGCUCUUUGAGGAGGUCGCCAAGCGGUGCACGGUGGAAACCCUGACGCACUCCCUAUCCGCGGGAAGCUCGAUGAAGCUCCAGAAGAAGUUGACAGGUCAGACGCUGGCUUUGCCGCCAGUGGACGUUGCUGGCACUGUUUGCCGAUCCAUCCGCAUAGAGCGAGACUUCCAUUCGGCGUCCAAUGCUCGGCUGCUGUGUUUGGAGCCGACCCACUCCCGGGUGAUCCUCAAGUUUGCGGAUGUGCGCCAGGAGGCGGCCAUCAUGGAGGUCCUGAAGCACAUGAAUCCUGGCUGGACUUUUAUUACGGCAGCUUUACUCGGAAUGAGCUUUGGCGUCAGCUGGACAUCAGAGUCUGUGGCCCGGAUGCCAGGCGGGCACUUGGUGCAGACCGUAACCUACCAGAUCUCUCCGCUGGGCUCUCAAGCGGGGACAGUGGAGGCAAUUUCUGAGUGCUGGAACCUGCGGGAGCUUGCGGAAAGCGCCUCGCAGCGGCAUCUGAGAGUGGCGCAGGUGCUGCCGGAGGCGGAGCAGUUGAAUCGCCUGGCCGCCACUUCGGUGGCCUUCCUCGCCUCCGGCUACGCCCUGGGCCUGCGCGACAGCCAUGAUGACAACAUCAUGCUGCGCAAAGAUGGCUCCUUGUUCAGGGUGGACUUUGGUUACGUCUUUGGAGCGUCGCCUGCUUUGGAUGCACCACCGACUCUGCUGCCAAACGCGGUGUUCGUGGCGCUGGGGGAGGCUCGGUGGCGGGAGGUGGUUGUGGUCUGCGAGCGCGCGCUCAUGGCUAUCUCCGGAAACUCUGGCUCGGAGCCACCGGGCUGGGCCUGCGUGCGCCAGGUGCCGGACAUGGCCCUGUUGCAUCACGAGGCGUUUGCCUAUGUCAAGACCUUGUCCCUGGAAUCCUUUCGAGAAGAGGUGCGCCGCGCAACGGAGUGGUCCAUGUCUCGCGCCGCCAAGAAUCGGCUGAGAGAGGUGGUACGCUUCUGGAGACAUGAGGAACCUGAAGAAAAUCCCCGGGCCAGGGAGAUCAAGCAGAUUUCCUGGGUGGGUCAACCACCAGGUGACGAAGACGCCCCAGAUCCUCCUGAGGACUUUGAUGAACCCAGCAUCUUCGUCAGUUUGUGA